AUGCUGUCCGGUAAUUGGAAUCCUCCAUCAUAUUCUACACAAGAUGCUGAUGAGUUCAUUAUAGCCGAUGAAGAUGAGACUUCAUCACAAAGAAUUCAACCAGAUGUAACAGAGAACACACCUAUGUCAACUUCUUCUCAUAACGCCAAUGCCAAUGCUAAUACUAAUACUAAUUCGAUGUUCUCAUCGUUUUCCUUCGGCCCAAAGGUUGAUUUAUCAUCAACAUUCGCUCCCUUCACGAAAUCAAAGGCAUUUACAGAUUCAAAUACUAUAAAAGAACGCCAGUACAGCGGAGGGGAUACGCUUGACGAACCUGUGUGGAACACAUUGAAAAGGGAUUUAUCACAAAUAGGACGGAGACUAGCAAUAGUUGUAUGGCCAAUGCAAUUAGCCAGCUUGGCUGCCAAACAACAAGUGAGGUUAAUUGACUUUGCUAGCAAUAAUGGGAUUAACUUGCCCCAGCUGAUAGUAAACGCGAGAAGAAUCUCAGUGUCGGAGAAUCAAAAUGAUGAUGAUGAGGAUAGAGAAACAGGAGUAACUGGAGAUGAAUUGCUUUCUCAAACAACUCUAGAAUGGGAUUUAUGGGGGCCAUUGAUUUUUUCUUUAGCAUAUUCCUUAACUCUUGGCUUAUCUGCUUCUAAAAAUGAAACAAAUCUGGUAUUCUCUGGUUCAUUUUCGUUUAUAUGGCUAUUCUUUAUAGUCAUCGGUUUAAAUAUUCAAUUGUUAGGUGGUAACAUAUCGUUUAUGUCUGCAAUCAGUGCUACGGGCUAUUCAAUGUUUCCAAUUACAUGCGGUGCUCUUAUUUGUACUUUAGUUGUUAAAAUGAAAUUGAUUAGAAUGGUUAUCAUGUCAAUUCUAGGUGCCUGGAGUGUAUAUUCUGGGGUCAUGAGUUUAAAAUGCUCUGGUGUGUUACCAGGAAGGAUUUUGUUAGCGAUAUAUCCUGUUGGUUUAAUGUAUUCUGUAUUGAGUUGGUUAUGUAUAAUUACAUGA